AUGCUGACGACGGCGAUCCGGGGCAACGGAUCUUGGAGCGCCGCUCUCGGCCGCGGGCAGUCGCACUCCACCGUCGUCGCUGCUGCGAACAAUUCGUCAGAUUGCUCAACUUCGCCCAACCCGUACAAGCGAAGGGGACUGCUUCGGCGAAUAGACCCGCAACCUCAACGAAAGUUCGACAUCGACAGAAACAGCAGUAGUACCGGGGUGCGACCACCUUCGCUGACGAGCCCAACGAGUACCAGCGUCGCUCCCGGAGGGGGAUCGCCCUCGUGGAACUCUCUUUCCGCACCGGGUACUCCCCGAAGCAAUUCCCCCAGCAAGCGGCCUUGGUACCCUGCGAGUCGCCGCCCUUCUUCACGCGAUAACGGCGAAAGCGGUGCCGACGAUAGCGCAUACGUCGUCCACCCCUCGUUUCGGCACUUGUUCACUGAGAGAGCCCACAGCAGCAGUGCAAAUGACCCGUCAAGAAGCCGUCAAGUGUACAGCCAAGGACCUCACCACGGAGCCAGCGGCGGCGGCGUCAGUGGCGGCGAGAACUCGGGGCGUCGGCCGGGAACAGCCGUGUUCUCUGUAGGCGGUUGGGAUCCGUCGUACUCGUCGUCAACGAAAGAAACCACCGUAGCUCGACGGUCAGAGAGACCCGGCGAGGUCGAGCCAGCCACUGCGGGAAGAUGGAGAGGCGUCCAUUUUUCCAAAGCGAAACAUAGUCCACCGGAACAACAACGGCGGGAUACCACAACAGGGAUUGGCAGCGCCCCCGAUGCUUCAUCCAGGCAACGUGGAGGAGAACGCGCUUCGUUUUCACCCACAGAUAGAUGGUCGGGCUUUGGAUCGAAGUCGGACGCUUCUCCUGCUCGUCUACGCAGCAACGACCACCGGUCGCCUCGGGAGAUGGGAGGUCAACGGCCAUACGUCGGAAGAGAGACGGUGGAACAAGAAGGGGCUCCUCUUAAAACAGUUGCCGCAAUGAGAGGACGCGUGCGGGACAUGCAGGCGCGAAGAAGGCCGCGCCGGCAAGAGAGAGGCGGAAGGAUGCCGCCGGCGGACAGCAGAAGGGGAGAAGGAGACCCGAAGCUUCGGUCUUCCGCCGUGUUCAUUGGGCACAGCGAGCAGGUGUUGGCUCUAGCCCGAUGCGAAGAUAUCUUGUUUUCAGCGUCAGCUGAUGGCACCGCGAAGGCCUGGGAUACCUGCUCUCAACAAUGCCUUGCUACCUACAAGGGUCACCACGGAGCUGUGUGGGGGAUGCAGGUCACGGGUCGCACCCUGAUCACGGGUAGUGCAGAUGGCACGGUCCGGUUCUGGGACAUUGAGACCGCUCAGUCCCUUAGCGUUCUCGAUCUGCGUUCGGCUGUGCGGGAUGUGGUGAUGGUGGGAGACUUCCUUGCUGUGGCGACAUCGAAUCCGGGGAUUGAGAUCGUGGAGCUUAAGCGCAUGAGGAGGCACGGCACCCUCGAGGGCCAUUUGCUAGCUGUGUCCGCCCUGGCAUCGCUUGAGGGCGAAAAUCUCUUGGUUUCGGGGUCACACGACACGUUUAUCAGAGUGUGGGACCCGGACACCCUAACCUCCAAAGCCGUUCUUGGUGGCCAUGGCGGCACCGUCGGGGCGAUUUGCACCGUUUCUUGGCCACAAGGAGGCCACGAUCAUGCCAAGAGAGCGGCGGAGGAGGCCCUUAUUGUUAGCGGGUCUGGCGACGGCACUGCCAGAGUUUGGGGACAGCAAGGUGUUGGUGACAAGGGUCAGAGAGAGUGGACGUGUCGUGCGGUGCUUGAAGGACACAGGCACGGGGUUUGGGCGGUGUACGGCUCAUCUCUCUCCGGUGCCUUUGCGACCGGCGGCGGGGAUGCCACGGUUAAGCUGUGGGCACCAACCACAACCAACAACGCUGAGCACGGCAACGAAGAAGCGGAGAGAGGCAACCUCGGCAGCGGGGAGUCCAGGCAUCAGCAGCAGCAGCAGCAGCAGAGGUGGGAGCUCGUAGGUGGAGUGAGGGGUACCGCUGGAGCCGUGGGGGCCGUCCUCAUCGACGAACAGGCGUUGGUUUUCGGCACGUCAGAGGCGCUCAUCGCCAGGUUCCCGCUGCAGUUGUGCAUGCCGGCGCGUUGA